UGCUCCGCUCAUGACGAGGUGACGACGAAGGCACACGCAGAACCCAACACUAUAUAUGGUUAAAUACAUCAACACCGUCAACCGGCCGAAACCCCAACUUAACUAAAACCCACACUGAACCUUCCCAACACAAAACAAAGAAAGAAAAUGGCGACGGAGCAAACCAAGUUCAGCGUUAUGUGCAGCCUCUUCAACUGGACGCAGCGUGCCAAGUCGCCGGCCAAGAAGCGCGCAAAGUUCCGCAAGUUCCUCGACUCAUUCUGCGCCGACCGCAACUUCUUCCCUGCCAUUCGCCUUGUCCUCCCAAACCUCGACCGCGAGCGCGGCUCCUACGGCCUCAAGGAGUCAGUCCUCGCCAUUUCCCUCAUCGACGCCCUCGGCAUGUCUCGCGACUCCGAAGACGCCCUUCGCCUCAUUAAUUGGCGCAAGGGCGGCGCCAAGACCGGCGCCAAUGCCGGCAAUUUCGCCCUCGUCGCCACCGAGGUACUGCAGCGCAGGCAAGGUACUGCUUCGGGUGGAUUGACGAUAAAGGAGGUAAAUGACUUGCUUGAUCAGUUGGCUGCUAGUGAAAACAGGGCCGAGAAGACUCAGGUUCUUUCUACCUUUAUCCAAAAGACAAAUGCACAGGAAAUGAAGUGGAUUAUCAUGAUAGUCCUCAAAGAUCUGAAGCUAGGAAUUAGUGAAAAAAGCAUUUUUCAUGAAUUCCAUCCUGAUGCUGAAGACUUAUUUAAUGUUACAUGUGACUUAAAAUUAGUGUGUGAAAAACUAAGGGAUCGGAAUCAGCGUCAUAAGCGACAGGAUAUUGAAGUUGGAAAAGCUGUGCGUCCUCAGCUAGCUAAGAGAGUUGCUAAUGCAGCUGAAGCAUGGAAGAAGCUUCAUGGGAAGGAAGUGGUUGUCGAGUGCAAAUUUGAUGGUGACCGCAUUCAAAUUCACAAAAAUGGAACAGAGAUACAUUUCUUCUCGAGGAACUUCCUUGAUCAUUCAGAAUAUGCACAUGCAAUGUCAGAAAUCAUACAGCAAAACAUUUUGGUAGAUAGGUGCAUACUUGAUGGUGAAAUGUUGGUUUGGGACAGUUCCUUGAAUCGUUUUGCUGAGUUUGGCUCAAAUCAGGAAAUAGCCAAGGCAGCAAGGGAUGGACUUGACAGUGACAGACAGAGAAUUUAUAUCUAAAAUGCCUUGACUUCAGAUUGGCUAGAUGUUGCAUUUGAUAUCCUUUAUUUUGGAGAUACUAGUGUAAUUCACCAAACUUUGAAGGAACGACAUGAGAUUCUCCGUAAAGUUGUGAGGCCAUUGAAGGGGCGCCUUGAAAUUUUAGUACCUAAUGGUGGUCUUAAUAGUCAUUGCUCUUCUGGUGAACCAUGUUGGUCAUUCAUUGCUCAUAAUGUGGACGAAGUUGAGAAAUUUUUCAAAGAAACUAUAGAGAACAGAGAUGAGGGAAUAGUUAUCAAAGACCUCGGUUCUAAAUGGGAGCCUAGUGAUCGAAGUGGAAAGUGGCUAAAAUUGAAGCCUGAGUACAUUCAAGCUGGCACUGAUCUGGAUGUGCUUAUCAUAGGAGGUUAUUAUGGCUCUGGACGACGUGGAGGGGAGGUUGCUCAGUUCUUGGUGGGCCUUGCUGAGCGUCCAUCCCCAAAUACACAUCCCAAGCGCAUUCAUAGAACUAGUACAGUCCAGCAAUGGAACUACUCAGAGGGAUACAGAAACCAAGCAGGGUGGCAAAUCAAAUCGUAUAAGGUCCUCCAUAAGGGGAGAAAAGAAAAACAUGUCCAUUGUUCCUUCUCAUUUAACUCAGACUGAUGUUUCCAGUAUCAAGGGAGACUCUCGUAUAUUUUCAAAUAUGAUGUUUUACUUCGUUAAUGUGCCUCCAUCUCAUUCUCUUGAGAGCUUGCACAAAAUGAUUGCAGAGAAUGGGGGAGUUUUCUCAAUGAACUUGAAUAACUCUGUCACUCAUCGUGUGGCGGCAGAGAGCAAGGGGUUUAAAUUUGAAGCUGCAAAACGUCAUGGUGAUAUCAUUCACUACAGUUGGAUAUUAGAUUGCUGCUCACAAAAGAAGCUUGUCCCCUUACAGCCAAAGUACUUCCUCUUCCUAUCUGAAGUAACAAGGAAGAAGUUACAAGAAGAAAUUGACGAGUUCUCUGACUCUUACUACAUGUAUAUUGAUCUUGGAGAGUUCAAACAGCUCUUAAACACUAUUAAUCGGUCAGAGGAUAUCAGUACUAUUGAUCAUUACAGCAAAAAAUACUGUCCAAAGGAUGAGUGGUCUGUCUUUAUUGGAUGCUCCAUAUAUUUCCACACUGCAAUACCAUCAGUGAAAGGGGACUGGAAAGUUCUAUUGCAACUUGCUUUGAGAAGAUUCAAGGUUGAAGUUCUCAUGGGCGGUGGUAGAGUUACUGAUAAACUUACUUGUGCAACCCAUUUAGUUGUCUUGUCAGUUCCAGGAUAUGAUGCCGAAUUUGAUGAGAUACAGAGAUGUUUUACUUCAGUGGAUAGGAGGUUUCUCCAGAGCAAGAGGUUGCAUAUAAUAAAAUCCCAUUGGUUUGAAGAUUGUCUGGACAAUAACAAAAGAUUACCAGAAGAAAGUUACAGCUUGAGGCCCUCUGCAAUAGAAGAGUCAACAUCUGAAAAUGGUGAAAAUGACAUCUUAGAGGCUCACUUUGGUGGAGACAAUGUACAAGACCAGAAUGUACCCUCUGAAAAGGAAAAUAGACAGAGAAGUGCAAAAGCUGCUCAUGAACACAGUUUGGCCACGGUGUCCCAUGAGAAUGUUGGCCCAAGGAAGAGAGGAAGACCUGCAGGGAGAGGUGUUAAAAAUGUUAAGAUGGCUGGCAACAAAGCCCAAAGAGCACGGCCACGCACUGUGAGAAAGCGUGCAAAAAUAAGCGAGUAUGAAUCGGACAAAAGUGAUUCUCAUGACAAUGAACCAGAAGAGCAGGAGGAUGACACCGGAGAAGCAAGUUUUGAUAUUUACAAUAGACAUUUGGAACCUCAGGAGGUCGAGCAACAGGCCAAUGUCCAAGUUGCUGAAACAGAAGAAAGUUCUGAACCAAACAGGGCAGUGCAUGAUUUGAGGAAUAGUAGUGAGAGUGAAAGAAUGUAUGUUCCAGAAAUAAAAAUGGCAGAUAGGACCAAUGACCAAAACAGUGAAUUGGCUAAAGAAAUUGAAAAUCGGGCUGAUCCCAUGUUAUUUGACAAGAUUCCGAGCCUUGCUACCGCCAAGAAAGUUGAGGACACUAAGCAUUGUGAUCUAAAAGAAGAGAGGCCAGCAGCAGCAGCAGAAAGCAGUAGCACCAAUACUGCAGAACCUACAAUCACUAAGAAAAAGAAAGUUAGCUACAAGGACGUUGCCAAUGACCUGCUCAAAGAUUGGUAGAUAGGGCAGCGCCUCUAUCAUUCUGUAUAUGUAUAUAUUAAUUGAAUUAAAUUAAUAUGUAUGAGCCACAAGUUUCAUUGUCGAUUCAGUUUGUUCAAAUCUUGGAUAGUUGACAGUGGAAUUGUCUCUGGAAGAGUGGUUAUUUUGUAAAAGUUAUGAUUUUGAUGUCCAGUUAUAAGAGUUCCCAUGUGUUAAUCCAAAUUUUCUACACCAAUGCUCUCCUGAAAAUUGAGAAGUUUUCUGCAUA